AUGUCGCCUAGUCGGAUCCAUCCCGAAAACAUAGAUAUGGCCAUGAAUGAGCAAGGAAGUAUAGAAGAUGAGAAAAGGGUUAUAAGAGAAUUUGGUGUAGGCACGGGCUGCCUUUGCUCGAUAGGUGAGAUAGAGCUAAUGGGAAUGAAUCCAAAUUGGGGUGUUACAUUUGUGGUAUCAGAGUUAGGUUUUCGAAAAUCUUUUGGGGCAUUUGGGUUGAACAUGACAUGUCAACCAAACAAUCAAACCCAAUCAUCUAGUGCUGAGGUUUUCUCUCAAGCGGUUGAUCGCAUGGUCAAUGCGAUAGAGCGACAACAAAAUCACCCUCAACCAAGGAAUAAUUCUGGAUUAAAUGACUUCUUAAGGCAUAACCCACCGCGAUUCAACGGAAAGAUUGGUCCUGACAAAGCAGAAGCAUGGAUCAGGGGAAACGAAAAGAUUUUUUCAGUGAUGAUAUGUUCGGAAGAGGAAAAAAUUGGCUUAUGGAACUUUCUUGUUAGAGGACGAGGCAAAAUAUUGGGGGGAGGGAAUGCAACAGAUAAUGACGACCCGUGGAGAAGGUAUCACUUGGGAAAACUUCAAGACCAGAUUUUUGGAGAAGUACUUUUCGAACAGUGUCAGGGUGCUCGCUUUUACACGCAGACCAUGAUAGAGGAAUGGAAAUGUCAGAGGUUCGAAAGGGGACUGAAGCCUGAGUUGAUGAGGAUGAUUGCACCUCUGGAAAUUAAAGAAUUUUUGGUGAUAAUUGAGAAAGCUAAGGCAAUGGAACAACUAGAAGCAGAUCUCAGUCGAGUCAUGAGGACUCUGAAAGGUAGUUUCUUGAAGAAACAUCAACAAAAGAAGCCUUAUCCCAAGCCCGCACUGAAUAAGUCAGGACCCAUCAAGUGUUUCGAGUGUGGAGGAGCCCAUUAUAAAAGGGAUUGUCUGAAACUCGCAGGAAAACAAGUAGAUGAGAGAAAAUGUUUCAUUUGUGAUAAAUCAGGACAUUUGGCCUAUGCUUGCCCCGAGAGAAAGGCGCUGAAGGGAACUCAGGCACAUAAGUCGUCUGAAGGAAAGCCAAAAGCGGUUGGCAGGAUGUUUGCUAUGAUGGGAGAGGAAGCAACUUAG